CCGAAGUGGAGCCAUCAAAACAUUGCCCAGUUGGCAGAAGUUUAUUUGUUUGUUUCGUCACGUUUCGCCUUUGUGUUUCCGUAACCAAGAUGAAGGUUCCUGCGAUGUAGUGUCCUCCGAAAGGUCCUGAAAAGAGCAAGGAGAGCAAUGUCUUGGUUCGGUGUGUCCUUGAAUGACAUCAAGGGCCAGCUGACCUCCUUCACCAAUGAGGUGUUGUCGGAAGGUCUGGAGGACGUGGAAGAUGGCGGUCAAGUAAUUGUUUCCCGUGAACGCAUCCAGGAGUUGGAUUCUUUGUGUCAGCUCCAGAAGCAUGAGCUGGAGGAGGCGAAGCGGGUGCGGGAGGACCUGGAGGAGCGGCUGCAGGUGGCCAACCUUCACGGCUCCCACCAGGUGUCGGCCCUCCGUCAGCAGCUGCAGCACAAGGAGAAUGAGCUGCGGCAAUUGAGGGAGAAAAGCGUAGAAUGGGGAUGGGGAGCUGGGGAGGGUGAAGGAGGCGAGGGAGGAGGCACUGUUGGACCUCCUCGGCCUCCCCCAAAGCAGCAGCGGCAGACUCCCCCCUCCCCCACCGGCCAGCAGGGACAGCAGGAGCAGCAGCAGCACCCCCACACACCUGAGAAGCAAUUAGCGUGGCAGGAACAACUCAACCAGCAGUUAUCCCGGCGCGUAGAGGAGCUUGAGGGGGAGCUGGUUCGCCUGAGGGAGGCCCACCAGGAGGAGGUGAGCGCCCUGCAGGACCACCAUCGCCAACACCUGCUCUCAUUCACCCCCCGACCAGACUUGGACCAGGAGCAGGGAGAAGGUGGUGGUGGUGGUGGUGGUGGUGGUGGUGGUGGUGCUGGUAUCGACGGCCCCUCCCUCCAUGCCACGAAAACUUCAUCCCAGAGGACGGAUGGCGCGACGAAUGCGGACCAGGACGCGGCAGCUCAGCGAUGCCGCGCGCUGGAGCAGGAGAGGGACAAGCUGCAGGCCGCCCUUGCUGACCUCCAGGCCCGGCUGCAGCACCUCACACCCAAGGCAGAUGCAGCAGCAGGGUUGGAGGCGCAGGUUGCCUCCUUGAAUGAGAGGUGUGCGGCUCUGCAGAAGGAAAAUGAACAAAACGAGAAAAGUCUGGAGGAGUUGGACACGCAGCACCAGCAGGUUGUAGAACAAAUUCUGAAAAAGAAGAAGGAAGCUCUAGAAGAGGCUCAGGCCCUGAGGACAGCUCAGCAGGAGGUGGCAGAGGCACUUUCCCAGGCACAGGUGGACCAGAAGAAGACACAGCAGGAAACAGAAAGCCUUCUGGCUGAGCUGACUGCACUGAGACUCAGUGAGGAGACUGCUCAGUCUACUCUGAAGAAACAACUUGAGGCAUACAGUGAGGAGCUCAGUGACUUGAAAGGUCAAUUAAGUGAAAAAACUACCCUUGCAGAGAAACUUGAGAAAGAGUUUCAGGUAAUGAAGCAAGAAAAUGCCAGAUUACAGAAACCUGAAGAGGAUCUCCAAUCUCUUAGGGAAAAGGAAAUCUCACAGUGCUCAGACCUGGAGGAGAAAAAAUCAGUUCUUGCAGAACUUCAAAGUUUACAGAUCAGCUAUGAGGAGGAAACAAGAUCUAAUGCAGAACUAAAGACAACCCUAGAAAAUAUGAAUACUGAGGUACAAAAGUUGAGAUCAUCAGAAGAAAGUUUAAGAGAAUCAAACAAUAAUUCAGAAGAAAAGCGAAAAGUAGCCGAGACCAAGGUAGUGCACCUGGAGAAACAGGUUGCCAGCUUGAUGCAGGAGGUGGCCAACCUCAAUCUGACUGUGGCUGAUACCCAGACAAUUCUAGAAUCUUCACAAGAGAAGGAUUCCUUACAAGAACGAAUUAAUAUCACAGAAGCUGCAAAGUGCCUAGUAGAACAAGAGCUACAGAAAUGUCGACAGUCACUGGAGGAUGCUAAAGCUCGCACAGAGAUCUUGGAAUCUGAACUGCAGGCAAAGGCUCAGGAGCUGACAAUAUCCAACACAAGGAUCACAGAACUUGACAUGAAAGUGAAACAAGCUGAGAGUGACUUGACUGCAGUGGACAGGUCGCAAACAGAGGAGAUGGAGGAAGUGAAGAAGGCACUGGCCCAUCACAACCAAGAGGCACCCAAGACAGUGAAGGCUGGAGUGCACAGGCUGGUGGAGCUGCUGCGGGACUCAGUUUGGCAGCGAGACACGCUGGAACGGCACGUGUCCACUCUCUCACAGGAGUUGAGGGAAAAGAAUGACCUCCUGGGUGAGGCAGAACUUUCCCGGGCUGAGUUAGAGAGGGAGUGUGAGGACCUGAGGGAUCAGCUUGAGGAGGUCCAAAAGGGGGUGCGGCCUCCACCUGAAGGAAGUAGCCGUGGUCUACCCACAAUUGAGGAAGAAGCUGAAGGAGGGGCUGAAGGAGAAGCUGAGGGAGAGCAGGUGAAGGAAAGUGUUGAAGUAAGAGAAGAGCAGCCAAGGGAACCCCCUGAACUGGAAAGAUCCAAUGAAAUAGAGGCCCUGCGUGCUCAGGUGGAGGCUUUGUCUGAGGCUCGGAGGAACUUAGAGACCGAGGCAGCCAGCAUGCGUGCAGAGCGAGAUCAGCUGCAUGGCCAACUGCAGCAGAUGGAGGGACGUGCUGGGAACUUGGCUAACUUAGAAACUGAAGCAGCAGCGCUGAGGAAUGAGAAAAAAAGUCUUGAGAUGCAGUUGGAAACCUUGGCACAAGAACUUGAUCUUACAACAGUAACUCUCCAGGAUGAGAGAGACACACUCAAGGAGCAGCUCAGUACCCAAGGGGAACACCAUCAGAGUGUUCAGGUAGAGCUAAGUAUCCUUAAGCAUGAGCGAAACUCCAUUGGGCAACAGCUGGUGUCUCAGUACAAAGUAUUGGAGGAGCGAGACGCCACCAUCAGGAUGUUGGAGAAUGAGAUUGAUGGUCUUAAGGACACACUUAGGGAAACUUUUGGGGACCAGAACAAGUCCCUGGUGGUCACCUUGCAGGAGGAGCUCAACACAGUGAAGUCUCAGCUCAUCUACAAGGAGGAUAAAGUGGAUGCACUGUCCCAGAUGUUACAGCAAAUUGCAGGAAUUUUUGAAGUUGAGGAUGCCAGCAACAACAUUGACAGGACUCGUCAAAUCAUCCAGGACAAGCACACCACACUAGUAAAGACCCUUGAAGAAAAAGAAGAAAAAGCUAAAGAAAUGUCUGAGAAAAUUGCUAAUCUACAGUCUGAAUUAGAAACUUAUAAGAUGAAUUCUGAAAAAGAAGCAGAGACAUCAACAAAACUAUAUGAAAAAGAUAAAGAGCUCAGUCUUACCAAAGAACAUCUGACAAAAAGUGCAGCAGAAGCUGCUCAGUUACAAAAAACUUUGGAAGAAAAAUGUGCAAACAUAAAAACUUUAGAAAAUAGUGCACAAGUUCUGCGAAAUGAAAUAGAAAUGUUAAAGCAUAAACAGGCUGAAGAUAAAGGUCUUCUUUACCAAAGAAACACAGAAUUGGAGCAUUUGAGAGAAGAACUCAAUAAAGCUCAACAUGUAAGUCAAGAGAAGGAAGAUCUGGCUCAUAUUUUAACGAGGGAACUGGAGGAGGCAAGGGCAAAAGUCACCUCUGAAGAAAAGGCAAUACAAGAUGUGUCUGAAGAGGCAGCUAAAAAGAAUCAUGAUAUUAUGGAGAAAGAGGCAAAGAUUUCAGCACUUUCUUUGCAAGUAAAUAGCCUUGAAAAAGAAUUAGAAGAAUUGAAAAUGCAAGAAAAACAACAAUCAACACAAUUAUCACACACAGAGACAAUAAUCCAACAAGAACAGAAAUUGAGGACAGAAAAUGCACAGCUGCUGGAAGAAAAAAAUGCAUUGCUUCAAGAAAAGGAAAGAAAAAGACUUGAAAUGGAGGAGCUGCAUGUAGGACAAGAGACUGCCCUGAGGGAACUGGGAAUCCUAAAGGCAGAGAGGGAACAAAUGAUUGCCACCAUAACACACAAGCACCAGGAGAGCCUUUCCUACCACAAUGAGAUCCAGCGCCUCUCUCAGGUGCUGACACAGACUACCCAGCAGCACACUGAGGAGAAAGCUGCCCUUGCAUCUCAGCUGAAGGAGAGUGAAGGAGCCCUAGCAGAGAAUCGCAGUCUUGUGGCCAGCCUGCGGGAGGAGCUCCAUGCCCUCAGCAAAACACAGAGUGAGCUGCAGAAAAAUGCUGCUGAAGGAAUCAUACAGAAAACAGAGCUCAGCAGUUUGCGAAAGGAAUUUGACUCCCUGCGAGCCAAGUUCACCACAUUGGAGCAGGAACGGGAUCAACUGAGGGUUGCUAAUUCUCACUUCAACACUCAAUACCAAGAUCAGAGCAAAGAGCUGAAUAACAUCAAGGAAAGAGAGAGUCGCUUGGCUGGUGAAUGUGAGCGGCUGCGUCAACACUUGGUGACAGUGGAGGAAUCGUACACAGCAGAGGCCCUGAAAGGGGAGGAGCGGGAGGCCACCCUACGCUCUACCCUCGCCAAGAUGGAAGAGAAACUCAACAGUCACUCCAGUCUCUUGAAUUCAACAAGCCAACGAGCAAGUGUGCAGGUGGAGGCACUUCAGGAGCAGCUGCAAGAGAUCUCAGCAAAGAGGGAUGAUGCAGUGCUGCGCCUCCAUGCAGCAGAGGAGGCAGCAGAACAGCACCAGCACUCACUGGAAACCUUACAGCAGGUACUCCAAGACUUUCAGAAGAAUCAGGCAAGGGAGAUUGCUGAGGCAACAGAACGAACGAGACGGAAACUGGAGGACGAGCAGGAGAAAACCAUUUCACUUGGUGCCCAACUCAGUGCCCUCAAGAGUCAGCUUGCAGAGGCACAGGGAGGCCUGGCAGCUGCUUCCAGGCUAGGGGACCAGCUAGCCAAGAAAGAACAGAUGAUUGUUGCCCUCAAGGCCCAAGGCCUUGCUGGUGUAAUCUCACAAGGUAAAGCUGAGGAGCCUCCAGAUCUCAGACUACCAGUGUCAUCGCAGGAGGAGGUGGCAAAAAGGGCCCGAGAUGAGGUGUCUUGCCUUAAGAAUUCUUCCGAGGGCAAAGUGGAGAAACCUCUCUUACGUAACCUUCUGGUUGGAUACUUUGCCACUCCUGUUGACAAACGACAAGAAGUCUUGAGGAUCAUCGCAGAGGUAUUGGACUUUUCAACAGAGGAGCGGUCACGAACAGGUCUGGACACUCAAGGCACCUCUUGGCUGUCCUCUAUUGCAAACUUCCUAGCCCCUCCAGCCAGUAAUGUGCGGGUUACCUCCAAGGUGGAUGUGUUGGAUCAUACGUCGCUGUCACAGGCCUUCAUCAGGUUCCUAGAAGAUGAGUCAAACCCCGGCCACAGCCUCGCCUGCCAGCUGUACAGAUGGCUCAGCAGACAACUGAGAAGGCAGAAAAGAAGGCACAGGCUAAGGCUCAGGCUGCCAAUAAGAUUAACCCAUUCAUCAGCAGUGGGGACACCCAAGUGCCUGACGGUGACCAAAGUCCACGCAACUCUUCACCUCUCCUUGCUGCAGCCUCCACACCCCCCACACUCCCAUCCUUUGCACCUCAACAACAUCACACUCCCUCAACUCUGGCUGCACCUUCUCCUCUCCCUCCUGGCAGUGCUCCAAUAGGACUGACUCCUGUAUCUACUAACAAGUACCUCACUAACCUCCUAACACCAGAUGCAGGCAAAUCAGAUGAAAAUGCCAACAAACAGCUCACUUAAAAACUUUAAUAGUCAAUGGCAUUGGGUCACUCACUGGGGUAGUCAGUUUACGUGUUGAGUUUAUUUUAUGAAAGAAUCUGCCUUAUGCUAAAUAAGUGAGAUGGACAAUAAUGUUUUGUACAGUUCAGUUAAUAAAUACUAUCCUCACAAAAGCCAAAGCUGUAUGGUGAUGAAAAUAAGUUUUUUAUAAUGGUAUUGGUAGUUGAGGAAAAACAAAUAAAAUAUUUUUCUAUCACAUAACAUUUUUUAUGACAUUCCAUUACUUGACUAGCAGUGGCAGAAACAGUGUGAGAUCAGCGAUGGGUGAGAGCCUAGACAUUCAUGAACUGGUACUUCUCAAUAAGUGGCUAUGAAUGCACUACCAAAUGGAGGCUUUUCUUUAAUACGCAUAUCUGCUUUAUUUUCAUUAUUAUUUAUUCAUAUAUAUUUUUUUAAGCUUAUAAAAAUAACAGGCUGGGGCAGGUAGCUUAAUUACAUCAUUCCAGACUACCACAGUGCAAAGCCACCAAUUCCUCACAAAUCAGUAGAGGAAAUACAUCUACCAAGCUCUACUAAUAUUCUCACACUCUUUCAUGAGCCAAUAACAGCAAUGUCAUUAAAAAAUAUGUAUGUAAAUCUAACACAAAAUUCAAAACAGAAUCAUGAGCCAAUAACAGCAACGUCAUUAAAAACUAUGUAUAAAUCUUACACAAAAUUCAAAAUAACUGUUCUAUUCAUCGUCAGCACUGAACCACAACAUGGCAGAGGUGGUCUGCCACAUGGGGAGGAAAAAGUUAAAAUGUUAGUUGCAGGCGUAGUUUAGCAGACAUGCAUACUGAUGUCAUCAAGUUGCAGAAUUUAGUGCCAACAAUUAACCGAGUGCACCAAACAAUACUGUGUGCUUCCUUUUGGUAGGUGUGCCACUGUGACUUGAUAAAUACGAGUAGAAUACAAGCCGAAAAAUGAACAGGUUGAUGUUUUCAACUAACAUUCAACUAACAUUUAAAUGAUGUGAUAUUUCAUAGUAGGAUGUGAUAUUUCUGCUCACAAACAUACAUUAGUUGAGCAGACUCUACAUGUACAGAUACACAGGUGACACAAGUCGCCUAUACUACAAUAUAAAUUGUUCCCUAUAAAUUUAACUCAGGCUGUUGUUGUGUGUUCUUGUGUCCUGGUUAGUGAGGGAUGAAUUGUAAAUGGUGUAUUUGGUGAAGAAUAGAUCUAACACACGGUAUGAAUGAGUUGAUGGCAUUUAGGAGUGAUUGUAACAGGUCACCAUCAUGUUUAUGCCAAAUAUUCAUUCUUUAUUUUAUUUUUUUAUUUGGGUGGUCAUCACUUGUUGUCUCAUCAGCUUGUAAAUACAAGAUUUUAUAGA